GAGACUUGGAGAUUGUGAACAGUGCAACCAAGAAAAACACUCGAGAUGUUGGUGUGACUUUUCCUACCCCAAGAUCUAGCCAGCCACAUCAACGGCCACAGGAACCCUGGCACUGUGCUGAUGGUAUUUGUGGAGAGUCAGAUGGUGUGGUCACAGAUCAUCAGGCAGCAGGAAGCAAGGGAAUUUCAUGGUUUGUCCAAGCAGAAGACUUCAAAUCUGAAUCUAGGAAAGAAAACCAUUCCAAUGCUUUUUCUGGUCCUGGUCCGUCUUGGUUUGAACCAUGGACCAGCACAAAGCCUUGGAGAGAGCCACUCCGAGAGAAGAACUGGCAAGAGCAGCAGCACAGCAACGUGAUUCAGCUGGCGGCUCCAGAAAGGGAUGCUGAGAACAGGUCCUUGCGGCCGUUCGUGAAGCUUACGCUGCAGGAGGCUCUUGCAGCGCAUCGCCCUGAUUUCAUCUCCCGCUCUGGAGAGCGUGUGAAGCACCUGAAGCUUGUGAUGGAGGAGAGGAGGAUGCAGAGCGUACUGCAGUCCCGACCAGAAGGGCUGUUUAACCCUGCGGAGAAAAGCAGGGGCUGCAGGGAUGCAAGUCACGUGCUGUCUGACAGAGGUUUUCUGAUGAGAGGAAAGAGAAGAACAAUUCCAAAGAGUGAAAUGGUUCAAAGAUCUAAACGGAUCUAUGAGCAGUUGCCAGAGGUGCAGAAGAAGCGAGAGGAGGAGAAGAGAAAAAUGGAAUACAACUCAUACCGCCUGAAAGCACAGCUGUACAAAACGGACCUCGACGCGUCUUUCGGUGCCAGGCGGGCUCCGGCCGUGCUGCUGGGGCUGCACCAGUUUGGUUUGCCCUAUCUGCUGGGAAACCCCAGAAAAGUCCACCGGCCCUUCCUCUCCCGAGAUGCCACCUCGGGAGAUCCCCAGCGCACCUCGGGCGAGGGUGCCUUGCAGCCGCCCCCGUUCUUUGCCGGCUUCGCUGCCGCCGCCGCAAAGAAGUUUUCCGGCGACUCCGAGCGAGAUGCGUGCGAGCCCCGCAGCUGGGAGAGGCACAGGGAGGGUGGUGGGAGCCAGAAACCUCAGUUUUGCUUUAAAUCGUGGAAUCGUAGGUUGGAGAAGACCUCUGAGACCACCAAGUCCAACCAUCAAGGGGAGCGGAGGGGAAAGCUGGGCUUCAGCUGGUGCCUGGGCGCUGCGGGGUUCGGCUUCGGGCUCGGGCAUCCCCCAAACGCGGGGCUGCCCGGCUGA